AUGUCUGCUGUCACCACAACUGCAACCAUCGCCUCCUUCGGCGGAAAGCUCCUCAAGCUGAGCCAUGCCGCCACCACCACAAAAUGCGAGAUGAAAUUCAACCUCUACCUGCCCCCGCAGGCCCAGACUCAAAAGGUCCCCGUGCUGAUUUACCUCUCCGGUCUGACCUGCACAGCCGAGAACUGUUCUGAAAAGGGCUUCUUCCAGCACGGCGCCAGCAAGAAAGGCAUCGCAGUCCUCUACCCGGAUACCAGCCCACGUGGCCUGAACAUCCAAGGCGAGGACGAUACAUAUGACUUUGGCUCUGGUGCUGGCUUCUACGUGGAUGCCACUAAGGCACCUUACAAUGCUGGCUAUAACAUGUACAGCUACGUCACUGAAGAACUGCCCAAGACUGUCUUUGAUGCUUUCCCUCAAUUGGAUGCUAGCCGGGUUAGUAUCACUGGUCACAGUAUGGGUGGACACGGUGCUCUUACUUUGUUCCUCCGCAACCCAGGCAAAUACAAGUCCGUCUCUGCCUUUGCACCAAUCACAAACCCAACCAACUGCCCCUGGGGCCAAAAGGCAUUCAAGGGCUACUUCGGCGACGACCAGCAAAACAAGUGGAAAGAGCACGAUGCCACAGAGCUGAUUAAGAAGUGGACAGGCGGUCCUCUGGACAUCCUAAUUGACGUCGGCACCGGCGACAACUUCUACAAGCAGGGCCAACUCCUCCCCGAGAACUUCGAGGCUGCGGCCCGCGACGCAGGCAUCAGCGGCUUGAAUGUUCGCUACCAGCCUGACUAUGAUCACUCUUACUAUACCAUGUCUUCCUUUGCGGAUGACCAUGUCGAACACGCGGCCAAGUAUCUCUUUGCAUAG